AUGGCUAGUUGUACCGGUAUUCCUUCUGUGUAUUUGUCUCUUAAAACUCUCAGUAUUGAUGAUCUAAAUGAUGUUUUGCAGUUUCUUAAGGAUUGUGACUUCUCUGACAAAGAAUGGAUGACCCUUGGCCUCAACCUUGGCUUAACCAAAAAUACAUUGGACAGCAUUGAAGCAAAUCACCCAAGUGAUAUUCACCAUUGUUUAGUGGAAUGCCUGUCCAAGUGGCUCCAAAGAGGUCUUAGUCCUACUUACAGCUCACUGAUAGCUGCAGCUCAUUUCUUGGAGGCCACAGCUGAGAAAAUGAAAAAGAACAUAGAAAAGAGCUCUGUGCUUUAUAGUGGAGUUUUGUAUCAUCAACAAAAGGAAGUUGGAUGCUGGGAAACAACACUAGCUGUUGGCAAAGAUGCAAAUGCACUUAUACAACAUAUUAGAAGUACAUUUCCACAUGCUGAACAAGAUACUUCGAUAUCAUUUACAUUUGCUCAACCUAAUGGCAUACUUGAAUUGAAACUGAGUCCUGUAGGAAGAGUUCCACGUGAGUAUGGAUGGAGACUAGAUCCUAAGCAAGAACCAAUGCAAAUACAUGUCUUUCAAAGUGUUGUUGAAAAUGCUUUGAUGGGUAGUUGCAGUAUGUCAGUGUAUGCUAAACCAGGUGUUGCUACAGAAUCAAUUCGGCAUCCAAUUAAGUUACUUGGAAUAGAACCUGAAACUACUAUUUACAUCAACAGACAACCUCCUCCUUCUCCUUUCCCUGCUGCUCCAUUAAAAGAAAAAAGAUCAAAUGAAAUUGUUUUACGUAUGCAUAUGCAUGAAUUAGUAAUAGGUGAUCCACUUAACUAUGAUUAUGGUUGUGAUCUCAUAAACAAGCAAGAUAAGAGAAUAAAGAAAAAUCUUGUCCUGACUCCAAAUUUUUUGCAGAGUUUAGUUGAGAGAGGAGUAAUUAACGAAAAGACUAGAAAUUUUCUUAAUGAAAGCUAUGACAAGACUGGUAACGAAAUAAUGGAUUUACUAAUCACAGAUGUCUGGACCGCUGUUUACUUUGAUGAAACCAAUUUUCUAUUCUUUUUGGAAGCAAUGAGAGAUCAGGAUUCCGCAGAAACUAAUAAAUUAGCAGAUAUUUUGAAAAUGCUUUAUGUUAUGAAGCGUGAGAAAGGUGAAGAUGAUUUUAGAUUGCUCAACUUGACUGAUAUAAUUAUUGUGUAA